UAGCGCCACCAAGCGUUUAGAUGGUUUAGACCAAAAUGGCUGCUCCCAUGGGGAACUUUUGCCGUCAGUUGUUAAGAAUAUCUUGUCUUGAUAUUUCAAGAGCCAGCAGUAUGAGAAGACAGAUGAAUAUACAUCAAAGGCCUACUACAAGUUGUCACUCGGGUAACCCUUAUGCUGGAGCGUCGGCAGGUAUUGACAUCGGUCUUCCACACACUCCACCGUCUGGUAAGGUUGUGCUGAAAGAGAGGUUGGCCAGGAAUAGACAGAACAAGAGCAAUGCUGAACUUGAGAGGGCCGCCAGGCAUAGAACAUUGCAAGUCCCCUUGGACAAAGUGAAUGAAGAGUGGCAACGUACCAGCAUGCCUUAUCACCUCCGCUCCGUCGCUCAUCACUAUGCCAUCUUCAGGGACCUCUUCGACGGGGCUGACUUCCUGCCUCAAGUCGUCCUCAAGAUCGACUACGGUGUUACAGAGGACGAGGCAGCGCCUGUCUACUCUGGCAAUUUUGUUACACCCACUGAGGCUUCACAGCCACCGGCUGUAACAUUUGAGAGUUCCGAGGACACCCUAUGGACCAUGUUGCUUACUAACCCAGAUGGCCAUUUGUUGGAUAAUCACAAGGAGUAUGUCCAUUGGUUGAUAGGCAACAUCCCCGGUAACCAGCUGAGUCAAGGUGAAGAGAUAUUUAAUUACCUGCCACCAUUCCCAGCACAGGGUACCGGUUACCACCGCUUUGUCUUCGUGCUCUUUCAACAGGAAGGCAGGGUCGAUUACAGUAGUCGAGCAGUCAGUCUACCAUGUCGUAAACUACGAGAGAGAACGUUUGAAACGUUAGAGUUCUACAGGCAGUACCAGGACAUGAUCACGCCAGCAGGCCUGGGGUUCUUCCAGUCUCGUUGGGACUCUUCUGUCAGAGAGACAUUCCAUCAGACUCUAGGUAUGCGCGAACCCAUCUUUGAGUAUGACCACCCGAAGCUGUACAUUGCCGAGCAGAAGAAGUGGCCCCACAAGAAGGCCCUGCAGUACCUCCUCAAGUACAUGCCCAAGGACAAGAGAGCCAAGAUCCGUGGCUUCUGGCCCAACUUCCCAGACAGGAGACUCCAAGAUAAGCAGUUGCGAAACACGAGAUCAAAAGGCCAGGAAUGAUGGCAAACUUCCCAAUGUGGCAAGCUCCAGGGGUGAAUUUCUCCCGUUGAAUUGUGUGUUUGAAAACUGUCGCAUUUGGAAAAUCCGAGCAUAUCCAUAGGAACACAAGUUUGCAUGUGGUUGUAUGUGGACAGAUAACAAUAUGAAUUCAGUAAGCAGUUCAAAUGAAGAGCCUACCCCGAUAGUUGAAUACCCAUGCACCAUUUCCACCAUACGUCUGCGAUAUAGCCUGUUGCUUUGCUGAGUAAUGUCUUGAUCUACUAAAAAAAGUUAUGGAACUGAGUUUUUGUGGCCCUAUCGACAGAAAAGUGCAAACUUCCAUGCUACAUAAGGCAAGGAAUCACCAUCAGGUACAGAGACUAAAUUUUGCCAGAGUCCGUUAUUAACUGGUAGCAGAUUUACACCACUGUGUCUUAGUGCGGGAGCAUCACAUCCGAGUUGAACCCACUUAUGAAUUAGCUUCAUACAUUGAUUCAUGUGUAGAAGGAUGACUGUUUACAAUGGGUUCCGAGGAAGCAUGAACAAAUGUUAAAGUCCUUUUUCUGGAAAACAAGAACUGUAUUCAAAAUUUAGACUAGCUGAGGAAAGUACUUGGUAUAAAAGUUCACUUGUAUGAAUUCCUCUGCAAGAAUUCCAGAACUUAAAAAUAUGUAUUGGUAAGUGAUUCUGCAAUUUGGCUUCUACACUUCAGCAUUGUCAAAAUGUCUUGGUACACAAACUGCUCUUUAAAUCUCUCACCAAAGAGCAAUCAGAAAUGUUAUUGUUGAAAUUGCAGAAUGUACAGCAGAUCCAUAAACGUGAUUUUGAACAAGCCACAGGGUGAAAUCAAACUGCCCAAAGUAACAAAUCUAGUAUCUGGACACGACACCAACAGCCAUUGUGACAAAAUAAAACACAGUUUUUAUUUCAAGUUAAA